UGUUUCCUGCCUGCUCAGGAGGAGGCAUGUAGCAUGGCCUGGGAGCUCUUGACAGAGGUCUACGCGAUCCCCAGAGAUCGUCUCUACGUCACCUAUUUUGGCGGAGACUCCUCGCUGGGGCUGAGUGCAGAUGAGGAGUGCAGGGACGUAUGGCUCCGCUUGGGGGUGCCUGCCAGUCAUGUGCUUCCUUUUCCAUUGAAGGACAACUUCUGGGAGAUGGGGGACACGGGUCCCUGCGGUCCCUGCACAGAGAUCCACUAUGACCACGUGGGUGGUGGCAGAAAUGCUGCGGCACUGGUGAACCAGGGCAGCCCCGAUGUAGUGGAGAUCUGGAACCUGGUCUUCAUGCAGUAUAGCAGAGAAGUGGAGGGGAAUCUGCUUCCCUUGCCACAGCACCACGUGGAUACAGGAAUGGGCCUGGAAAGGCUGGUGGCAGUUCUGCAGAACAAACGCUCCAACUACGACACAGAUCUCUUCACUCCUAUCUUGGAUGCCAUUCACAAGGGCUGCAAUGGGCCCAGGUACCAAGGUCUGGUUGGGGAUGCUGAUGUUGGGCGUGUGAACAUGGCCUACCGUGUGGUGGCAGAUCACGUGCGCACCUUGUGCGUGUGUAUCACCGACGGCAUCUAUCCAGGUGUCUCUGGAGCAGAACUGGUGCUGCGUCGGAUCCUGCGCAGGGCUGUCCGCUUUUGCUCUGAAGUCCUUCACGCUCCACCUGGGCUCCUGGCCUCUCUGGUGCCUACUGUAGUAGAAGUGCUGGGAGAUGCCUAUCCAGAGCUGACGAAGAAUGCAGACCAGAUCAUGGAUAUCAUCAAUGAGAACGAAGCUGCUUUUCUGUCCUCCCUCGAGCGUGGGAGGCGCAUCAUUGAACGGACAGUGCAGCAAAUGGAGCCCUCAAAAAAUUUCCCAGCUGAAGUAGCCUGGUCUCUCUAUGGGAAUUUGGGAUUCCCUCUGGAUCUGAUUGACUUGAUGCUUGAAGAAAAGGGAAUCAGUUUGGAUUCAGCUGCUUUUAAUGAAUUUGUUCUGGAAGAUGCAAAGCGGAAGGCUGGUGGCCCACAGGCAGGGCAGUGGGAGGACGCAAACACGCGCCUUGAUGUGCACUCGCUGGCCCAGCUGCGGAGCAACAGCGUGCCUGCUACUGACGAUUCUCCAAAGUAUGCCUACACGCUUGGGCAGCACGGGCAGUAUGAGUUCAGCCCAUGCCAGGCCACCGUCCUGAUGCUGUACAGAGAUCAGUCUCUCCAGAAGGAGGUUGGGGCAGGGCAACGCUGUGGUGUCAUCUUGGACAGGACUAACUUCUAUGCAGAGCAGGGCGGGCAAGCCUCUGACCAAGGCUACAUGAUACGUUUAGGACAGCAGGACAUACUCUUCCCUGUAGAAUCAGUUCGUCUCUGUGGUGGUUACGUGAUCCAUGAGAUCACUGCUGUGGAAACCCUGCGGGCUGGGGACCAAGUGCAGCUCUUUGUGGAUGAGGCCCAGCGUCUGGCCUGCAUGACGAACCACACUGCUACCCAUUUGCUGAACUUUGCACUCCGCCACAUUCUGGGUGACCACACGGAGCAGCGAGGGUCCCAUGUGACAGCAGAGCGGCUGCGCUUCGACUUUGAUACCAAGGGCCCUGUGACUGUGGAGCAGCUGCAGCAAGUGGAGCGAGUGGUCCAGGACAUGAUCAAGCGAAAUGAGACUGUGCAUAUGGCUGAGGUCCCCCUCACGCUGGCAAGAAGAGUUCAGGGACUCCGUGUGGUGGAUGAGGGGUAUCCAGAUCCAGUGAGGAUAGUGUCCCUGGGGGUCCCUGUGGAGAGUGUGCUGACCCGCGACUCUGAGGCUGCAAUGCAGACCUCUGUGGAGCUCUGCUGUGGGACGCACCUUCUACAAACGGGAGCUGUGGAAGAUCUGGCCAUCAUCAGUGAGCGUCAGCUUGUUAAAGGGAUUAGCCGUGUCAUUGCAGUGACAGGGGGACAAGCCAAACAGGCCCGGGAAGUAGGCCAGUGCUUGGCUAUGGAAGUGGACUCUGUCUCCCUGCGAAUGAAGCAGAGGAUCACCUCUAUUCCUGAGAUGCAGAACCUCUCCAAAGAAGUGGGCCAGUUGACCAAAGUGGUGGCUAGCACUGCAAUGCCCCAGUGGCAAAGAAAAGAACUACAGGCUAUCCUCAAAGCACUUCAGCGAACAGCCAACACGGGCAUCAAGAAACUGGAAAUGCAGCAGGCUGAAGAGAAGGCACAAGGCCUGCUAGCAAAACAUCGCAACCAGCCUGUCAUCAUUGAUACCGUCCCAGCUGACUCCCUCUCAAUCCUAAUGAAGGUAGUGAACCAGCUAUGUGACAAGUCUCCUGGCGCAUCGGUCCUGCUGCUCAGCCCUCAGGUUUCUGGUGAGGUGCUCUGCGCCUGUCAGGUGUCCAAGAAUUGCCUCCCCGUGUUCUCUGCUGCUGACUGGGCCGUGGCUGUCUGUACGCAGAUGGAAGGGAAGGCAGGAGGCUCUCCCGUCGUCGCUAAGGGCAGUGGAAAUGCCAAAGGCAUGCAGGGAGCCCUGACUACUGCACUGGAGUUUGCUCAGAGUAAACUCUGAAGUGACUGUGGUGCUUUGGUGGCAGGAGAGCUGUAUGCAGCCCAGCUGCAAGCUACAUAGACACUUGAUGCAGUGUGUGUUACACUCUGCUAUCUGAAAGGUGUAGCAGCUCCCACACUGAACAUGGCUGCAACCAUUGCAUUGGAGCGUUUGGCUUUUGGCCAUCAGGGGUUAGUAGAGACCCUGCUCCUGAACGGACUGACAGAACAACGCUGCCUGUUCUCAGCAACCACAUAUGGGGAUCGAGCCUCAGAAAGCAGCAGUUGCAGCAGCAGAUCCUACUUCUUCUGGAACAGUGCAAUUCUUGCCAAAAGACCAGCAUUGAGAGGCUCCAUGAGAGCAUGGGGAGAUGGCACAGUGUUAUCCCAAAGCCAUUAAAUGGUAGAGUGCUUGAUCCUCUGAUGUUUCUUGUUAGCUGCAUUUUUUUUCUUUUUU